UUUUUUUUUUUUUUCUCUUCUCUGUCAAGAUCUAGUUAGUUUCUGAGAAUGGACCGGCUAUCUUUUGACGGUGCUCCUUCCACUACGGAAAAGAAGACGGCAAACUAUGCAAACCUCUGUCCAGCGGUUGCAAUGUAUGGACCCUGCAAUGUGGAAGACUUAGAACCUGGAAAAACCAUGAAGUGGUGUACAUGUGGUCUGAGCAAGAAGCAGCCGUGGUGCGAUGGAGCUCACAAAAAGACUGGUUUCAAGUCCCUAAAAUGGAAGGUUCCAGAUCAUCCCCAAAGAAUCUACUCUAUCUGUAACUGUAAACACACCAAGAAUCCACCAUUCUGUGAUGCCACUCAUGUAAACCUCCCCGCUGAGGUCAAUGAAAGGCAAAAGAACUGUAACAGUCUUCAUGAUGAAGACAUUAAGUUAUGCACUGGAUGUGGAUGGGUUCCAAAAUGGUGAAAUUAACUUUUUAACAUAGAUAUCAGGGCUUGACACUAACGGUAGCCAACUAGACACAGACUAGUGGUUUUUU